AGGAGGCCGGGCUUGGAGAGCGGCGCCCACUUUUUUCUCCUUCGCGCUCAGGCGCCCGCUCGCUUUUGCCCGUCCCAGAGACGUCAUGGGAGGGAGGUAUAAAAUUUCAAGCGAGGGGAGCCGAGAGGCAGAGUGUGCGGAGAGAGAGAAGAAGGAGAAGAAGGCGCUCAAGAAAGGAGGAGGAGGAGAAGAAGGGCAAUGGGGGCAAUGGCUGGCUGGGACAUCCAGGUUCGCCCCUGAAGCGUCGUCCAAAGAAGAAGCGUCGAAAGUAGCCUGCAAAGGCGCACCCUGAGACCCCCUUUCUCUUGCGGGAAUGGCCAACGAGAGUGCGCGCAGGGGCUCUCUGGAAAGCCCGCCCAAUGCCUCCUGAGGGGCCGAAGCGGAGAGCGAGCCCACUCCCCGGAAUCCCCGCAGGCGAGCCCUUCCUCCGCCCAUGGAGAGGCGCCCCGGAGCCCCGCUACCGCUCCUCCUCCUCCUCCGAAGCCCCCCGAAGAUGCCCCCGAGAGGGACCCUGCUGCUGCUCCUCUGGCUCCUGAGCCUGGCCUCCGCCGCCCUGGCGCUCUCCUCCUGCACCACGCUGGACCUGGAGCACGUCAAGAGGAAGCGGGUGGAAGCCAUCCGCGGGCAGAUCCUCAGCAAGCUGCGCCUCACCAGCCCCCCGGAGGCCCUGGGCCCCAGCCACGUCCCCUACCAGGUCCUGGCCCUCUACAACAGCACCCGGGAGCUGCUGGAGGAGAUGGAGGAGGAGAAGAAGGAGCAGGAGGAGGAGAGCUGCGCCCAGGACAACACCGACACCCAGUACUACGCCAAGGAGGUCCACAAGUUCGACAUGAUCCAGGGCUCCCCCGAGCACAAUGAACUGACGUACUGCCCCAAAGGUGUGACUUCCAAUCUGUUCCGCUUCAAUGUGUCCUCGGCAGAAAAGAACAGCACCAACCUCUUCCGAGCUGAAUUUCGGGUUUUACGAAUACCAAAUCCCAAUGCCAAACGCACAGAGCAGCGUAUUGAACUUUUUCAGAUCCUGAAGCCUGAUGAGUACAUUGCAAAACAGCGCUACCUCAGCGGCCGGAACGUGGUGACGAGGGGCUCCCCGGAGUGGCUCUCCUUCGAUGUCACAGAGACUGUGCGUGAAUGGCUGUUGCACAGAGAAUCAAAUCUGGGCCUGGAGAUCAGCAUUCAUUGCCCAUGCAACACCUUCCAGUCCAAUGGUGUCAUUCUAGAGAACUUGAAUGAAGUGCUGGAGAUCAGAUUCAAAGGCAUCGACAGUGAGGAAAGCCAUGGGCGAGGGGACCUGGGGAGUCUGAAGAAGCAGAAGAGCCUUCACAACCCGCACUUGAUCUUGAUGAUGCUGCCCCCACAUAGGCUUGGAAGCCCAGCCUCAAGAAGCCAGAGGAAGAAACGGGCCCUGGACACCAAUUACUGCUUUCGAAACCUGGAGGAGAACUGCUGUGUGCGCCGUCUCUACAUUGACUUUCGGCAAGACCUGGGCUGGAAGUGGGUCCAUGAGCCUAAGGGCUACUUUGCCAACUUCUGCUCUGGGCCUUGCCCGUACCUCCGCAGCGCCGACACAACUCACAGCACGGUGCUUGGCCUCUACAACACGCUGAACCCUGAAGCAUCUGCUUCUCCUUGCUGUGUGCCUCAGGAUCUGGAGCCCCUCACCAUCCUGUACUAUGUUGGAAGGGCCCCUAAAGUGGAGCAGCUCUCCAAUAUGGUGGUGAAAUCCUGCAAAUGCAGCUGAAAGGGACCCAGCACCACCUGCAGCUGGGAAAUUGCAGUAACCCAACCUCUGCUGCCAAAAAGCAUAACACAACAAAACAGACAAGAACUGCUUGAAGAAGGAGCAGUAAGAUCCAGUCUUUUCACACUGUGAUCCAGGAGAAUCUACCUACUCUGGAUUCUGACAUCUGAAAAGCAGGAUAUCCCUAUGCCUUCCUGGCUUUUUCUGGGAGAUAUUUUUGCAAUUUGGAGGCUUUGGGAGGCAAAGAUGCAUAACUGGCUAGACAUUUAGUGGACAAGGGCAACUAAAUGAGGAGAAUCCCACUUAAGGAGAUAACCAUUUGCAGAACUGUGGACAGAUAAAGGGGGACUUGAAGGAACAUAUUUUCUUAGAAAGCUGACUGUAGUGGAAGUAAUUGUUCUGCAACGAGAGAGGAUGCUGGAUUAAUCUGGUCUAGACUGCUCAAAAAGGGACCGUUGAGAAAGGACCUGUUGCCACGAUUACAACAAAGGUGAAUUCUUCCACAGCUUCUCCCUCCGUCCUGGAGGACCUGCUUGAUUCUUUCGGGUCUGAGGAGGCGCCUUUGCCUGAUGGCCUCAGCCCAGUCUUAGGUGGUGAUCUUCGGAGGAGCCUGUAUUUGCUGUGCAGGUUGAGGCAUCUGCACAUUUGUUGCACAAGGACCUGGCCCAGGCCACACCUGUCCAAGGUUUUAUUAAAAAAGCAUUAAUCUCAUAUAUUAUAAAAAAAUAAAUAUUUUUUGGAAAUUGGAA